AUGGAAAAUUACAACGCGCCUCUGCAGCCUGCCAACGCUGAGGAGGGAUACCCCCGGAACUCCAUCCUAGUAUAUGGACUCAACGUUGGAGGUCCUGAAAUAGCGAUGCUCGUGAGGAAGGAUUUAUUAUUUCACUACGUUUCCUCCGGGACCUUCUUUUCGGUGGUUAUUGGUCUGCUUGUGCCUGCGUGCGGAUAUUAUGGGGCUAAAAACAAUGACCGCAGUCUCAUUGGUAUGUUCUGUGCAUGCGGUUUGUGCGGAGCGAUCUGGGCGGUAUUUCAAAUUAUGUCGGGUGUUGGUUUGGUGGCAUUCCUGAAAGUUGUGGUAGAAUAUUGUGGACCACAUGGCGAGACGAAAAAAUUUAGUUUAUCGUCGGGUCUCGAACAAAAUGCCACCUGA